AUGUCCUCUUCAUGCUGUGGUGGUAAAGGUGGUUCAGGAUGCUGUAAGAACCAAUCAAAUGAAUCGAACGAUGCUUCCGUACCGCUCUUACGGGGGAACAAGAAAACUGCGCAGCCUACUUCUUACGCUCAAGCAGUCGCUUCUCCACCUGACCAACAACAACAACAACAACAACAACAACAACAACAAACGAAAUCUUACGGUGCCGUAUGGACAUUGGAUAACGCGAUUCCAGCAAUUGGUGAUAGGACACAACAACUUCAAGAUGUUCUAGGUGAUCACGAACCUUUGGGAAGUAAAUGUUCAGCUCACGCGAGUGGGGGUCAAUGUUGUAAAGAGCUUAAAGGUGAUGAUGAAAGACAUUUAAUAAGUCCUGAGAUAGUCAGAGAUGUUAUCAUCGGUCUUUCAGAUGGUCUUACUGUACCUUUCGCUUUGACUGCUGGUCUAUCUUCUCUCGGAAGUUCAAGCCUGGUAGUCACUGGUGGUUUGGCUGAACUAAUGGCCGGCGCCAUCUCAAUGGGUUUGGGCGGAUAUCUCGCUUCACAAGCUGAACUCGAUCACUUCCAUUACCUCCGACGACAAACCCAAGCAAGAGUCCUUCGAUCAUGUUCGGGUGAGAUGGAACGAGAGGUACAUUCGAUUCUUGGUCCACUGGGAGUGAAAGAACCUUUGUCCCGUCUUAUAGCCGAAGAUCUCAGAGUCGUAGAAGAAGAUCUAUAUGGUCCAGGUGAAGGCACGAGAGGGACAGAAGGUGUAAUGCCUUCAAGAGAAAUUGAUCCUUCUUCCUCAUUUUCGUCUUCCUCAUCAAACAAAAAGAAAUCUUGGGGUAUACUCAAUUGGGGCAAAGGUUCAAAAUCUGAACAAGAACAAGAAGAAGAAGGUGGUCAAAGUAAAAUAGACGAAGAUAUGGGUUUAACUGCCUUUUUAUUGAAGUUCGGUGAAGGAAUGGAGGAAGUACCAAAGUCAAGAUUAUAUAUCUCAGCAUUAACAAUUGGAUUAUCAUAUUUCAUCGGAGGUUUAAUACCUCUUAUACCCUACAUGAUAACUGAUACCGCCGAAAAAGGAUUAAUCGUUUCUGCUAUUGUGACCGGUGUAGUCUUGUUCAUUUUUGGUGGAUUCAAGACUUAUUUCACCGGAGCUACUGGUGGUUGGGGCGGUUACGCUUAUGGUGCUAUCUCAACUAUGAUCGUAGGAGGUUUAGCAGCUGGUGCAGCAUUCGGUUUGGUCAAAAUCCUAGGUGUACAAGAAUAG